GGAAGGAAUCGCAACUACAGUCCUCAUCUCAGAAUAGCAUAUAUUGAUUCUAUUUUUGAUGACAUUCCAAGCAAAACAGGAGAGUAAAGGAAGAAGACGCGAUGGAUACCCCGCCCUUUCUGCUUGGAUGUCGACAGACCCCGACGAUGAAGGCUUCAUCUUCCGACGGUUCAGUCGGCUCAGCGCUCGGAACCUGCUUCAUCUCCAGAGCCAGGUGCUCUCGCUUGAACACCAACUGGACGAGCUUGAUCAAGAGUCCCGUCAAAGCCAGGAUGUCGGGCUUCGACGGUGGGAAACGUUUGCAGAUGAAGCAUCGGCUCUCCAUAACGAACCGGCGCAGAGGAGACAGAGACUCUAUGAGACGCUAGAAGAAAGAAUCAAGGCCUAUCAUCAAGCGUUGCUCUUACAAGCAAGCAUCUCCAAGCUUCACCGUCCACGCUCUCGCGUCCUCCUCGCCUUCCAAGACUGGUUUCAUGGGAGAAUGAAAGAAACACUUCCAGCCCCGAUACUGAACGGGCGUGCAAUCACCUUACUAGAUGAUCCUCAAGAUCUCGUCGCUCUCCACACGCCUGAAGACGAAGAUCUCCUUUCCCGCGUCCUCCAAGACCACUGGCCGUUCCCUGGCCAUCAAUCCGACCCCCGCGACGGCGUUGCCCACUUCCAAGAACGACAUGUUGUUUUAGCAGUGGCCAUCAUCAAUGUGAUCGUUUCCGCUAUUCUGCUGGUGGGACCGAUUGUCACUCUUUAUAUAGUCAAGGAUGCGAAGUCGAGAUUGGCCAUGAUUGCAGGCUUCACGGCUUUCUUUGCCUUGAGCGUGGCAGUCAUGACGAAUGCCCGGAGGGGAGAGCUGUUUGCUUCCAGCGCUGCAUAUGCUGCCGUUCUGGUUGUUUUUAUUUCAGGAAACUCUUAGAUAUAGUUGGUUGUAUACUUGAAGUAUAUCUAUUUUGUCAAUAGGUAUAACUAACCCUAACCCUAACCCUGAUAGAAGUAAAAAUCUGAACAUAUCAUG